UAUCGUUUAUUUUUAACUUGGAUUUUCCCUAUGGGCGGAGCUUAUGCAGUAAACAAAGGCAUGCAUAUUCCUUCAGCGUAAAACAACAGCUAAAACUAUGAAUUUGAUUAUCCUGCUGAUGAAUUUUUUGAUGUUUUUUUUAUAAAUAGUAUAUACAUACCUCAUACAUAUCUUUAAUUUGACACUUCCACUCUCCCUUUCUUAAUGUUGACAGUAUUGUCUGCUUGACCUAGUUGUCGUCUGCAAAUCUCGUGCAACGAGAAUCUUACUCUUUAAAACGUUUCAAAUAUUCAGAUAAGGGUUAAUAUUUUUCAAGGAGUAGAUUGACGUCGAUGAGCUGUCAAAUAUGUAUCGGACAAAAUUCAAGAAAAAAGAACGUUUCAUUUGUGAAUGCUGCGAUUUUUCCACUGACCGAUUUAAUAACUACAAGCGACACUGUGAAACAAAAAAACACAGAGAUUGUUUAGAUUUAACAAAUCACGAGGAAACUCUCUCAGUUAGCGAUAUUUAUCAGGAUCAGCGAUCACAGGCCGAUGUUGAUCUGACAAGUUCUGAUUCUACAGACUAUGCUAUAGACAGCGAUGGCCCAUCUUGUUGUGAUUAUAUUGAAGAUCACAGCGUCACUUCAGAUUCUGAUGAAACAAAGGGAAACAAUUCAAAGCAAAUGCAACACGAAGUUUUGGACGAUGACGAUGAUGAAGAAAUCGAUACAAGGAUUACGAACGACCAAGAGUCCGAGCCAUCCGACUGGUUUCCAUUCGAAUCUAAGUUGCAUUUUCUUUUAAGUGUUUUACACAGCUCUAAAACUCACCGAGUUAGUGACGAAACACUCUCAUUUAUUCUCUAUAUUUUGAGAGAGUGUUGUGUAAAAAAUGUACCUUCAUUGGCUAAAAUCAAGUCAUUUUGGACAGAAAAUCUUAAACUGGAUGAGAUGAUACAACAGAAUACAGAUGAAAAUGGGAAUAUCCAUUGGAUGGUCAAACCAUCUGCGAUGCUUCAAAUGCUUAUAGCAAAUCCUAGCACUGCACAGAAAAUAGACAGAUAUCCAAAUAUCUUAAAAAUCGGCACUCAUAAAAUCACAACACAAAGCUCUGCUGAAAAGUGGAAGGAAAUGAAAUUCCAUUGGGGCAAAAGCAAAACAAUGGAUUUUAUUUUGGGAGAGAUUAUUGAAUUUUCCCACAAAGAGAAAACACUGUUGGGGAAAAUUAGACAGUUCAUGGUAAAGGAAUGUGACCAGGAAAAUGGUGAACUCUGUGUUGAAGUUGAGGAACUCAGAAAGGGUGAUCACCCCUACUUUGAAGAUUUGUUUAAUGAAGAAGAAAAUAGGUGUUUGGUGAUUAUGAACAAAUCACUCUGUGUCCCAAUUGAUAAAUGUUCUAAGUACACAGUAUCUCAGCCAAUUGACCUGAGAGAGGUUAAUGAUGGAUAUGAGAACUUCAAUUUACUGUCAGAAGAGGAGAAAAGGGAUUUUUUUGCAACAUCUUCACUCUGGAAAGGAAAACCCAUCAUUAAAAUUCCUCUUAAUAUAUUUGUGGAUGAUUUGUCUGCAAACCAGUCCCGGAGAUGGGCUCCUUUGCAUGGGAUACAAGCUCAAUUGGCUGGUCUUCCUUUGGAGGAAAAAAACAAGAACAAGAACUCGAUAUUUCUAGCAGCAUCAGAACAGGUUGCAAUGAUGGAGCUUUUAAAGCCAGUAUGUGACGACAUAAAAAUGUGCGCAGAAAUAGGAGUUGACAGCUAUGACGCCUUUUUAAAGCAAGAAAUAACGCUAACAUCAGAAAUUUCAUCCAUAAUAUCCGACUACCAGAUGAUGAGUUUGGUUUCAAAUCACAUGGGACCUGCAGCAAUUAAGUUUUGUCCCAAAUGUUUGGCUGACAAAUCAGACCCAUUUACAAUAUGGCCAUUGCGAACAUCAUCUGCAACAAGGAAAACACUAAGGAGACUUGAAAUUCAUGCUCAAGGUAGUGCAAGAACAAUGAUACAAAAGCAGACCGGUAUCAAAUUCUACGACAAUUGCUUGUGGCAGCAUGUUGAUCCCCACAGGGAUGCACCUGUAGGAAUUCUUCAUUUCUUGUACCUUGGAUUAGCAAAACACUUGAUUCAGCACUGUGUCAGAACUCUAAGUGAACACCAGAUGCAACUUUUGACUUUACAUUUGGAAACUGUUGAUCAAACUGACUUUUCCUACCGCAUCAAUGCUGACACUUUUUUCAAGUUUUUGGACAGUCGACAAGGAAAGGAUUAUAAACAUUAUCUUCAGGUCGCUCCAUUUAAUAUGGAAUUCGCUGGGUUGAAAAUGCCAUAUGUUGAAGCACUUGGAAAGCUUGCUUUGAUAUCCAAGCACAUUUAUCAAGGUGUUACGUCAGUUGGUUCUGAAUUUGAAGAUUAUCUUGCAUUUAUCAAAGACAACAUUCCUCAACUUGGCAGCAAAAGCAAGACACAUUUCUGUGUUCAUAUAUCUGAUGACAUAAUAAGGCAUGGCCAUCCUCUUCAUUUCACUGAAGACGUGUUUGAAAAAAACCACAAAUCAAUAAGAGAGAGUAUUCGUCAUCAGAACGGCCAUCAAAGGUCAAGGGAUACGGUCAUCCAAUUUGCAAAGUCAGAAUUGACAAAACAUGUGGUGUCUGGAGGUUUCUUGCAUUUGAAUGAUACAUGGAAACAAGCUAGCAGUUUUGUGCUGUCAUAUGGAAAUGACAAGAAAAUCAAGUCUUUUCUUGGAGUCCCUGACCAAAAUGAAAAUUUUAAAGCUGGGGAGCUGCGGAACGUGACCAGAACUUCUUCAAGGAAACCAAUGAGUAACCCCAAUCUACUGGAAGAGUUGGAGUUGCUCACAAUAUCUGUUGCCAUUGACACUGAUAUUGCUAAAGAUGCAAAACUAUACAGCUGCCUAGGAUGCAUAACAAGCGAAGGAGAUUAUGCAGGCAUUCAAAGCUUUGUCUUAUAUUCAGAAACUGUAAAGGACAGGAUUGGAGUGAUUCAGAAGCUUCUACGUAUAAAGACCAAGACAGCAGAACACGAGAUAGCUUUUUUGAAAGUGUGCAACAUUUCCUUUACAAGUUGCAACCAAGUGGUGCAGUUAACAAAUGAGACUCACAUUAAGAAAACAUGCCACAUUCGGCAUGUUGUUCAUGUUAUUCAUGACUGCAAACGAGGUGGCUGCAGAGUUGUAGAGAAUCACAAUGAAAAAUCUCUAAAGCACAGCAAUCACAAUGGUUACAUUAUUAACAGAUUUAGAAUUUCCAAACUACCCGAUAAGCUACAAUUAUAAUUGUUGGUGCAGAUCGAUACAGUUAGUUCAAAUGCAGAUUAAUGCUAGGUACUUUUAAAUGAAUAUUCCAAGUCUUGUAAAUGAUUUUUUUUUAAAAUUUACCAAUUGGAAUAACAUUGUAUUAAUAAAUAGAUAAAUUAAAGAAAAAUUUGCUACAGCAAAAAUCUCAUUAUAAUGACAUUUUUCAAAGAAAACCAAUGAGUUUUGUCAGUAAUGUUUACAUAUGACAACAGCAAAAGAUUCUUGCCUUAUUUUUUGGAAAAUUAUCUAACUAGUGUUAUUUUUGAUUUGUAGUCAUUCUGCUUUGAAAUGUUCACUUAUCACUUGUAAAGUUUUACAAUAGAAUAGCAUUAGCAGUUUUGUGUGCCUUUAUUGUGUAUAAAGCACCUUUUCUAAUCUGAAUAAGUUUGUAUUUCUAUUCUUGUUAUAAAAUAGGUUUGUAUUUCUGUUCUUUUUAUACAU